AUGAAGCUUGUGGCUGUCGUCCUAAGCGUGAAUGUGAAGCUGAUUAACGAUGAUGCCACCAACUUGGCUCGAGAAGAUUCGCUUCCAAGAUAUACCUUAUCCUUUCCUUUAUGGUUAGAGUGGAGUAGUGCUUCUGUAUGGACAGAAGAGGAAUGCCAGUUUCUACUUCGUAGUUACGUGUGUGAAUCUGGUGUUUAUGCGGAGCUUGUUUUGAAUACUUUCCCUGGUCAGCAUGGUACUAUAAGACUUGAGGAAGGGGAGGAAUCUUCUGCUAGUCAGCUACCAAAGACAUCCUUGUUUCUGUUCCGUGACAACACUAAUAUCUCUACCCCACUUCACAUUAGGCUAGAUCUAAAGGCCCACUUAGUAACAGGCCAUGCCCUUAUGAUAUCUGGAUUUUGUUUCAACGGACGGAAUGGGCUGGGCCUGGCUGCUAUGCACCAGGCUUCGGCUGGUCCAGUCCAUGAUUUCAUGCUCACUUUGAUACAAGCAGCAGACUUAUUAAUUAAACUACAAACUAUAGGCCCAGAAAGCAUAAUCACAGUAGGUGUAUGCAUGUGUGUUCCGACAACACAAGGUCUUAAAUUGGAGUUUUGCAUUGCUGUUGCUCUUACUGAUUUUGAUAUGAUUCAUGACCUUAAAGCCCAGUUAGAAGGAAUGGGCUGGGCAGGCUGGGAUGACAAGCCCGGACGGUCCAAUAUAUCACCUGAUUUUAGCCAUUCCACACCCACUGAACUGAACUCACUAACUGGAAGCCUAGUUGUAAGAAAGAGAAAGGCUUGCUGCACUGAGCACCAAGUUCAUACGUCUGAUUUCGUGUAUAUUCCCCAGAAUAUGGAGACUGUUCUUUUCAAUCACUCCCCACCUUCGGAAUUCAAGGGUUUGAGCAAGGAGGAAGAAGACUCAUUGCUUGGGCAAGUUGAAAUAUGGAGGUACAUGCUAUGCUACACUGACUCUCUGGCCAUAAAAUGUGUCAUUGAGCUUCGCAUACCCGAUAUAAUACACCGCUAUGGUAAGCCACUGUCCUUGUCUCAAAUUGUGGAGAACAUUGAAGAUGCACCCUCCCCAGAUGCCAAUCUUCUCCAGAGAGUGAUGACACUGAUGGUGCGCAGAAAGAUCUUCAGUGCAGAACAGUCAGAGACUGGAGAGACCCUUUAUGGCUUGACAAGUGCUUCCGAAUGGAUCCUACGAGACACAAAAAUGACGCUAGCACCCUUAUUCCUGCUGGAGAAUCACCCAGUUCACCUGACCCCCGCUCAACACAUGAGUGAGAUUAUAAGAGAAGGCAUAAAAAAUGGCACUGCUUUCUUUAGGUCUCAUGGGCAUGAUCAAUUUGAGCUGACGGGGGUAGACCCUGAGUACAACAGGAUGUUCCAUGAGGGGAUGAUGUGUACUGCUAGGGUUAUAUCCAAGGCUGUGAUCAAUGGGUACAAAGAAGGAUUCAACCAGAUUGAGUCCUUGGUUGAUGUGGGAGGGAGCACUGGUGGAUCGAUUUCUGAGAUUGUGAGGGCUUACCCUCACAUCAAGGGCAUCAACUUUGACUUGCCUCAUGUGGUUGCCACUGCACCUAAGUUUGAGGGAGUCACCCAUGUUGGAGGUGACAUGUUCGUCUCCGUUCCCAGUGCUGAUGCCAUUUACAUGAAGUGGAUUCUGCAUGACUGGACCGACGAGCAAUGCAUCGAGCUCUUGAAGAACUGCAGGAAGGCAAUACCAGAGAAGACAGGAAAGGUGAUAAUCGUGGAUCAUGUGCUUCGACCGGAAGGGAACGAGCUCUUCACCGACGCUGGCUUUGCGUUUGACAUGAUUCUUCUCGCUCACAACGCUGGUGGCAAAGAGAGGACCGAAGAGAAUUGGAAGUUACUAUUCAAAGAAGCAGGAUUCCCCCGUUACAAUAUCAUCAAGAUCCACGCUUUCCCCUCCCUCAUUGAGGCGUUUCCAAUCUGA